AAGAAGCUAAUUAUAAAAUAAUAAACAUUUGUGAUAUAUUAAGUAAUGUAGAAACUGUAGAGUUUGAUGAUGAAGUAUUUGAUGGUAAAGCAUUUGAUAGUGAAGCAUUUAAUAGUAAAACAUUUGGUAAUAAAGCAUUUGAUAGUGAAGCAUUUGUUGAUGAAGCAUUUGAUGGUGAAGCAUUUGAUAAUAAAGUGUUUGAUGGUGAAGAAUUUGAUGGUGGAACAUUUGGUAAGAUGUUAAAUGAAGAUGUUGAAGUGUUGAAAUCUGAUAAAAUUAUUGAUGAAGCAUUAAACAUCGAAGAAAUGCCAUCUAGUGGUAGAGAAUUUUCUCAAUAUAUUAAAAAUCUUACUGAAUGUGAAGAAUUUAUAGUCUAUAAAGAAUCAGUAGCAACUAAUUGA